AUGCUGGCCAGAUCUUCAUAUUAUCCCCACGCUCCCCUUGUCCCCUCCUAUCUCCCAUUUUGUCUCCCAUCCCUCUCUCUCUCUCAACCAGGCGGUACAGGCGGUGCUGAAGGCGCAGCUGGUGACGUGGACGCAUGUGAUGCCGUGGAGCGCUACACCACUGCCAAUUUCGCUCAGGGGUGGUGGAGGGAGAGUGUGGCAACGAGCUGGGUGGUGGAGUACACGUGUCGCAUUGUCAUUCGCUACCUGCUGCUCGGCUUCUCCACGCGCCUCUAUGCGCCCUCUGAGUUCCUCUCUGCCUUCUGGUACCUCGACAGUGUGCUGGCCACGCUCAUCCACAACGUGUCUGCCCGGGAAGCUUCCUUGCAGAAGCCUUUCACAGCCCCUUCCUCCCGCAAGGCUCGGCGCAAGCCAGUAGCAGUCCCUCCCCCCUCACCCCCGCCGCCUUCCCUUGAUCUGGCACUGAUAACUGCAUACCAGCUGCUCUGCAAGGCAUAUGUGCGGCUGCUGGCUGCAUUCGUUGAAGACGGCAAGCUGCCCCAGCGCCCCUCUCCAUUCAACAGUGACCGGCAGCGCUACCAGCAGCGCUUCGCAGUGCUCAAGAGGGUGCAGCUGCCCGAGCCGCUCUCCUACGCCGCCUUCCAACGUGCCGUCUCCCCCGCUGGCCUCUCUGUACGUCCCCCACUGCCACAUGCCCCCACCUGCCCGCCCAUGUUCUCUCCCCUUACAUUCGUUGGCUCGGCACUCCUCCCUGCCUACAACCUGCCUGAGCCGCUCUCCUACGCCACCUCAUGCGUGCCGUCUCCCCCGCUGGCCUCUCUGUACCUCCCGCUCCGACUCCCAACGUCCGCCUCUUACCCCCCCAUGCCGCAACGUGCUGUCUUGUCUCCCCUGCCGGACUCUCUGUGCGUCCCUCUCUGCCUCCCGCUUCCCCUCUCCGUGCCCCCAUCUGGCCUCCCCAUGUGUCCGCUCUCCCACUCGUCCCUCCCUUGCAUUCGUUGGCACCUCUCCCCUCCUUCAAGCGACUCGAAGCCCUUCCCUUACACCCCAGCUCUACCAGAUGUCGCUCUAUCUCUUCUGCUCCAACCCACUCACCUGCCCACCAUCCACUCCCCACCUCCAAGCUGCAUGGAUCCCUUACCUUCCUGUGCCUUCUACUCCCCCUCCCCUCCCACAGAGCUCUACCAGAUGUCGCUCGACUUCUUCCGCACCACUGCCACCAACCUGCCCACCAUCCACGCGCUCGCAGCCACAGCCGCACCUGGAGGCACAGCAGGAGCGAGUGAGGCGGUGGAGGGGGAGGUGCAGCAGCUGGAGCGUGUGUGUGCGAGCAAUGCCACGGCGCUGUUUGUGGCACACAGGGCGGGGGCAGGCAAUGCCACAGCAGGGGUGAGUGAGGCGGUGGAGGGGGAGGUGCAGCAUCUUGAGCGCCUGUGUGCGAGCAACGCCACGGCGCUGUUUGUGGCACACAGGGCUGGGGCAGGGUCGGUGCUCAAGGCUUCGUUUGAGUUUAGUGCUCAUCCUUUCUUCCACGUGGUCACUCUCAAGCACACUCACGUAGGCAUUGUUGACGCAGCCUCUGCACGUGUGGGUGUAAGCUUAGCUGGGGCAGGGUCGUUGCUGGCAGCGUCUUUCAAGUUCGCUGUAAAUCCUUUCUUCCCCGUGGUCCCUCCCUCUCAACGUGCUGCUUAG